AUGCCAUGGCCUUGGAACAGGCCAAAGUCACCCUUUGGGGUCUCAGACUCCGAGGAUGCGAUUUCAUCUGGGUCAACGACGAUAGCAUCGACAUCGACGCAGGGGACAUCGAUAUCUCCAAACUUGGAUGAGGUCGUGAGCUCAAACACCGGAAGUAGUAAUGGAGCUGGUCGCAAUGGUGUUUCUAUGACUAAUAGAAAUGUCGCUGGAGGUCGCCAAACUACAACGACAGCUGCGAGGGCGACAACACCAAUGCCUGCGCCGAGUGCCUGGGCUCCUGGUUCUUCUACGAACGCGGUAAACGGUACUGUUCGGGCUAGUUCUUCUCUGGGGUUUAGCCAUGAUGCGGUCUCGCAGAGUAGAGGCCAGAAUAGUAGAAGGAAUUCACGCGAUACUGCGAAUACCACUAAUAAUUCAAAUUCUGGAAGUGUCCGUCGUACCGCGUCAGUUAUUCCCGAGGACCAUACCGUCCAACCCGGGAACAGCGUCGACAGAAGUCCUCCGUCGAGUUCGUCUGGCACGCCGAACUCAAGGCCUAUCAGAAGACCUUCAUCUUCUCGAGAUUCGGAAUUUAGAAAUACGCAUUCUUCAGAAAAUGUACUAUCAAAAACCCAACCUUCCGUCGAAUCUUUAUCUUCAAUGUCUUCUUCCUUACACUCGGAUGUAAAUAACAUUAAUCACACACAUCACCACCACCAUCAUCCUCACCAUGGCGGAAAACGUUCACUAUCCGCUAGCUCGAGUUCUCAACUAAACAUUUUUCAUGGCCCGACAUCGCCAGGUUUCCCCAACGGAAGAGCAUUUUCACCAACCCCUUCAGUCGGUUCGAUAACCCACCAAACUUCAAUUACAAGAUCUCAAAAGGCUAUUAUCCCACCGGGGUCAAGGCAGUCCAAUGCAAGCGAGGAACAAGUGUUUGUAUAUGAGUUGCCUGAAAGUUAUGAACAAGUCAAUGGGUUAAAUUCGCAUGAAAUUGAGGAGAGAGAUUUAAGACAUAAAGCUAUCGUCGAGCUUAACCCUGCACCCGGGGCUGGUGGGAAUGGGCAUGGGAGGACGAGGUCAAAUGUACAAAAUAGGGAGAUGAUGUUGGAGGCGGAAGUUGCCAGGUUGAGAAAGCUCUGCGAAAAGUAUAAACGGAAGUCGAUUAACAAUACCUCAUCGAGUUCGAUCGGGUCGAUGGAUCAUUUAAUUGUUCCAGACAUUGCAGCGGCAGCGGCGGGAUCUUCAGAGGCCCACCGAGUCGUUCAAGUAAUGAAAGUCGCAAACGAGCACCUUCAAAAGAAAAUCGACGCUCGUGAUGCCUUACUCGCAGAUCGCCUCGCAGAACUAGAACAGAUACACAAUCGCCAUGCUAUCGAAUUAGAACAACAGAAACAGGGGUACCAGGUUCACAUACGGCAGCUUGCGGAUCAGCAUAGACGGAACUUAGAUGGGGUUACCCAGAAAAAUGUUGAAGAAGUCGUGGCAUUGAAGAGGGGCAUGAUGGACACUGCUAUCGUAUUUGAAGGUCAAAGACGGGAUGCGGAGAAGAUCGCACUGCUACAGGCUGAAGUUGAAGGGCUGAAAGCUAUGGAGAAAGUGAAGAAUGAUGGUCAUAUCGCUGUUCUUGAAGAGGUCAAGUUAAAAGCAGCGGAUGAUCUAGAGGCGGCAAAAAAGGCGUUUGAAGAGGCGGAGGAAAAGUGGGAAAUUAAAACCGAGGAGAUGCGGCGGGAGUUGUUCGAGGAAAAGAAGUUUGCGGAUUGUACCUGCGGUUCUAAAGUUGGUAGCGAUACCAUCGAGGAACUGAAGCAGGAACACGAAACUGAGAUCGCAGCUCUAAAAACUUCAAUCCGUAUCUUGGAAGGGUCCAGAGGUACAACUGUAGAACAACUUGAGGAGGAUCAGAGGAUAUACCGGAAGGUUUCGGAGCUUGAAUCAUCCCUUGCGAGCAAAGUCAGGGCCUUAACGGCUGAACGUAAAACCUCUGAACGGCUAAGAGCGUCUUUAAGUGCGGUAGAAGAAGCAAAAUCAGAGCUACAACUCCAGAAAGAAGCUUUAGAUGCUAAAUUACUGGAGACGAAUACUGGUUCCGCCUUAUCGACUGAGCAGGAGCGCCAAGCUAUUGAAGAGAAGAUUCGGCAAGAAACACUGGAAGAACACGCUCGCCUGAAAGAGGAAUACGAGUCUGCUCUAGAAGUUGAAAGAGCUCGUGCUCUGCAGCUGGAGGAACAGCACGAAUCAGAAAAACGAGUGUUCAACGAUCAAGUUACAAAACUUCUCCAAGAACACGCCAAGGAAAAGGAACAAAUAGACAGAGCCCACGCCUUGGCCCUCAGUGGUCUUGAGGACACCAUAAAAGCACAAAAUAAUGCAGAGGUUAUAACUCUUAAGGAAGAGUUAAUGUCGAGAGCACGGUCCUUGGGGGAGGUAGAAGCGGAGCUCGUGGUCACUAGAAACGGAAUCGACGAUGCCUUGAAGCAACAACAAGUUAUUCUGGAGAAGGAGAAAGAGACAUUAAUCGCUGAAUACCAAGUGGUUAUCAAUGCCGGUGACAGACUUCGAGAUCAGGAGAAGACAACUUUCCAGUCUGAGAAACAACGCUUAGAACAGUUACUCGUCGAGACUAAAGCCCAGUCCGAUAGCAUGUUAGAUGAGAAGAUCAAGUUCACUACUACAGAACUCGAAACUCGUCUGUUAGAAGCCCAACGGGAGCACCUGGUUGAAAAGCAAGCUCUAUGCAAAACUUUCGAAGAUGCUAAAGCCCAGUUGGUAGUUCAACAAAGCGCACUUGAGUUGAGGCUUCAAACCCAAUUCCAAGAGGCCGAACAGCAGUUCCUUCUCAGGAGUGAAUCGGAGAGGCAAAUCGAGGCUACAAAGCUUCAAGACAUGAAAUCAGAGUUGGAUAAGAGUUGUAGCAGCUACGAAGAAGAAGUCAAACGACUCAUAGCAGAAAACAAAGCGACGAAAGACCGGGCGGCGGAAGUAGUGGCCGAGCUUCAAAGGCAAUUAAAGGAUGACGAAGAAAAUAAACAACAACUGCUAGACCGAGUCGCAAAAGCAGAGUCGGAGAAAGAGACCACUGAGUCAGAGCUAGCCAGCCUGACAGUUCGCUUCGAAGAGUCCCACACCGCGAUGAAGCGAGCAGAAGCACAAUUCACAUCUCUGACUGAGGAAAAGCAAGCUAUCAAGUCAACUUUAGAAGACGAGAAAAGAAUUGCGAAUGAUUCAAUCGCUGAUCUUCGAAUCCAGCUACAAGCUCGUGAAAAGCUUACGAAUGAGAUGCACAUCAAACAUCAACAGGAAACCGAGGAUCUCCAGUUCCGGAUACGAACAACCCAAACCAAGCUCGACAUUGAUAGCGUGGAGAUCGAAUCACUCAAGGAGACAAUAAGGGAAAAGGAAAACACUUUCAAUACCAUGCGAGAUGAGAAGAAUAGCUCUGGGACUUUGUGGGUGGAAGAAAAACGUACGCUGGUGAAGAAACACGAUCAAGUCAUCGAAGGCCACCUGAAUACAAUUUCAAAACUUGAGGAUACGAUCAACAAUAUGCGGGCUCGGACAACCGAAGAUGCAAGGGCUGCCGAAACAAAAGCGGCUGAACAACAAGGCCUUGUAAUCCAGUGGAUGUCCAACUCAAAUCGGAAGACCGACGAAGUCCAACGCCUCGAACGUGCUUUGAAAGAGGCUAAUGGGAAGACUGAGAGUUUCAAACUUGACAUAAAAGCCCUUAUCAACGACAUAAAGCAAUACGAGAAAGAAUCCAAAGACAGAAGGGCUGAGAUCAAGUCACUAUCGAAGGAGCUAAAGAACUCACAAGAGGAGAUUUUUUCUCUGAAGUCUCAAGUGGAAUCCUCAUCUGGCUCAUCCUAUCGCUAUGUACGACAAAUUGCCGACUUGGAAUCAAAAAUCCAAGCUCUUGCUAAAGAGAUCCAGGACUCCCGGUCCGAAACCUCUGCUCACAAGCGGGCAGUUGCAAAGCGUGAUUCUACUAUCAAGCAGCUAGAGGAUACCCUCCAACAAAGAGGUGGUAUCCGGAAUGGGCGAGCAUCUCCAGGCCCUAGCUCUGCCUUGACAGCCAUGGAGAACGGAAUCGUACCUUCCACUGCUAAUGUUUCAUCUCUUCAACGUGAUCUUCGAGACUCUAGGGCAGAAAUCACCCGAUUGAAUGAGAAAUUAGAGAUGUACGAAACAGAAUACCGGCAUUUCUUUGAAGACCAUGAGAAGCUAAAGGUGGAGCAUGAAGAAGGACAGAAGAAUAUGAAAGCAAAACUUGACACAUAUAUUCCAGAGCUAGAACAGCUAAGAAAGGGGAAUAGGGACCUGGAAUUAAGAUUACAGAGUGCCGAGUUAAGGCUAGCAGCUUCAGGAGGGUUGGUUAGAAGAGGUUUAGGAGAUGAAGCACCAACAAUGAGGUCACAAAGCAGUAUGAGUUAUUUACGGCGUGGAGAAAUCAGCAUUGGGAGUUUGGAUGUGUGA